UCACUUAUCUCGUUGUCUCAUUGAGGAGAAGAACUGUGAUUGGUGGCGGCGGAACCAGUGUCUCCCUCUCACAAUCAGUCUCACAGUCAGCUCGCUGUUGGAGUACCGUUCUACUGGAACGAUAGCCAGUGAUUAAAGUGAAUCAGAUUUGUUAGGUGUUGUGACGUUUUAAGAGUGUCAGCGAUCAGAAUCGCGGAAAUAUGUCGCUUACAAGGGAGAGGAGCAACUCGUUAGGAUGGAUACUUUUAUGCAUCCCAGCUUUGCUUGCUAUGCUUGGAUGCGUUUCAGGACACUCAUAUCACCUGGGAAGCUGUCCAACCGUUGAACCUAUGCCAGAAUUCGAUAUGUCCAAAUUCUUGGGGAAAUGGUACGUAAUCCAGAAAACUUCAACCGGCAGCCGAUGCGUUUUCUACAACUUUACGAGCACUGGAGAGCCAGGGAGCUACAAAGUGGAGCAGAUAAGUGAGCACCCUGUCCUAGGGCUUGCUAGUGUGGAUAACAAUUACCACUAUACUGGAAAUUUGAAAGCUGUCCCAGAUGUACCAGCAAAAAUGACCGUCCGAUUCCCCCUCAGCGUUGCUGGCAGUGCUUCUUACGUAGUAUUCUCCACGGAUUACAGUAAAUAUGCUGGAAUUUUCACCUGUCAAAAGUUAGCUUUUGCUCACCGUUUGUCCGCUACCAUUCUGUCUCGAUCAAAAACCCUGGAGAAGAUGUACCUCGACAAGGUGCGAUCGAAGCUGAGCGCCUCGGGUGUGAGCCCGUUCGACCUGAGCAACAUCGACCAGAGCAACUGCCCGGCGGCGGACGCGUACAACAUCAACAUCGACGACGAGACUUUCAGCCCGCACAACAUCGGCGGGGCCGUCAAGAAGGCCGGCGAGAAGCUCGGCGAGGGUGUGGAGGCCGGACUCAACGGCGCCAAGAAGGUGUACAACACCCUCAGCUCCGGCGAGGACAAGGACUCGUCCCCGAAGAAGGACGGCAAGAAGGAGAACAUCAACGACCCCGGCAACCGAUACCACUACGACACCGAGUGGCUACCCUGAGCAUAGACCGAGGGAUAGGUUUUAGGGCCGUUUCAUAGACUGAUUUACACCGAAAAAAAAAGCAUUGGCGGAUCUAGCAAAUUCGCAACACUGUGUUUUCUCCAAGUAAACCUACGGAGAUGAAUCGAUUCCUGGAGGGGCCAGGUGCUCCGACAAGAAUCGAUUAUUUAGCGUAGGUUUAAACGGAGGCAAUCGGGUGUUGCCAUAGUGCUGGAUCCGCCUCUGAAAAAAAGGAUGCUGAUUUAACAUUCUGGAUGUGAAAAAGUCUGCGACGACUCACAAAACGCUGAAUUAACCGCUGUGCUGCCGUGCUAAGGAAGAACGCCGUAUAAACAUUCGAAUGUUGCCAAAUUUCCUUUCAGAAAAGAUUUAAUUUUCGAGAUAAUUAUGAAUAUGUGUCCUCGCAAUUUUUAGAUUUUUCAGAUCAAAUUACGAACUAAAUCCUCUGUAAAACUGGAAGAAAAAUAUUCACAAAUGUCCUCGAAAAUUCAUGAUUUUUCGAAGGAGAUUUGGAAACGCCUAAAGGCUCAUACAGCGUUUUUCCAUAGCACGGAGAUAAUGUACAACAGUUAUAGCAAUUUCAAGAUGUAAAACUAUCUGCUGUGUCGGUUAUUUCAGCGUUUUGUGAGUUGCCGCACACUUUUUCACAUCCAGAAUGUUAAAUCAGCAUCCUUUCCUUUCGAAGUAGUGGCUACGUCAUUCUCAUUCGAUGUUUUAUCGAGCCCUUGGUUCAAAUUAAUGUAGACAAACGCAGAACCUUGUUUCUGAUUCGCGUCCUUUUGCGCCAUGGUGGUAAAAUGCAUCCGAGUGUUUCAUACAACUGAAAUUUCUCGUGAAUCUUUAAUUGGUUUAUGACCAGUCAAUGACUAAAUUUUAAUAAAUUAACACAAUUAUAGCUCAUGAAGAAUUCGCUCAUGAGGUUACGUUAGUUUGUUUUGGUUUGAAGUAAAAGUUCGGUAUCAUAUCGAAUGACGGGGUCACUAAAUCAGUCGGUGUGAGUUUCAUUAGAAUGGUUUUGAUCUUGGUCUGUUGCGUCUCAAUCUGAAUUAUGUAUGAAGUCCUACGAUCCGAGUCUGUCAAACCAGAGUGACUCCGUGACGGUUCCUCUUUGUGAAAUUUCAAAUUUGGUUGUCUAAAUAUAAGCCUGUGAUUACCUCGCGUGGUUGGUCUCAAACACGCAUGAUCUUACUUUAAUUAGUGUGUAAUUUAGGGUUUCGAAUUGUUUUACGUGUAUUUUUUCCACUGUUUGUAUAUUUACCUUUGAUGUCCACGUUUGCAAAUGUGAACGUACACACUUAUCUCCGUAAAUAAAAAAAAUUGUUUGUGUGCCAUAAAUAAUGUUUAAUCCUAUACUGGAGAAAAAUAAAGGGAAAUACUACGACACAAUAUUUCGCCAAUUAGGCAGUAGUUAGCCGUAGGAAAAAGUACAAUUCAUA